GGAAAGGAUGCCUCCGGUCCCCUCCCCUUCAAGGAAGCUGGGCAACAGGGGAGGUGUUGCUUCAGAUAGUCUUCCGAUCCCCGAUCGGUUGACGGUGGAGUUUUCCGCCAUGGGCCCCCGAGCCGAAUGCCGGACGCUGUUCGGGCAGACUGCAUCCUCCAUGUGGUGCAGCACCUCCUUGAAGGCUGGAGAGGGUUUCACCAACCUGACCCAUUGGUCUGAUUUGGUCGAAGCAGGCCAUGCUGAGUCCCUUAAGGCCGGUACAUACUAUCACCGGGCCUUCCUAGCAGCUGAACGGGAGAUGACCCUCCUUCAUCAGGAGUUGGA